GCGUCCGGAAGUUUGUAAACGAGAGAUGGCGACUGCAUUAAAGGAGGACAUACGAUAGUUUCGUUCGUUCGCUCCGAAUUCUCUUUUCUCGGUUUUUAUUUCGUCGAGUGCCGCGUUUCAGUGUUCCGUACUUGCACGGGCAAGUGUCGUUUAAUCGUGCGAAGCCGCGUGAAGCGCGAACGAGUCGGUGCGUGUGUUAUAAUAUUACACGUCGGACGUCCGUCGGUUCGGUCAGCUGGUCGGUCGUGUGUGGGUUCGUGGGUGACUGCCUUGAAUGUUGGCAUAUAAACGCGCGGAGCAGUUGGCUCUCGCCAGGCCUCCAGGAAAGAUGCGCGAUCGGGGAUGUGCAGUUUCUGCGGCUGCCACCACCGGUUUCUUGCGCGCCGGCCGCUGCACGGCCUACGACGCGGCACCAUAGCCUUCUUCAGUCAGCAGAAAAAAACAGUUUUUACGGUCGGUGGUUCGUUCGUUUGUUCGUCCGUUCGUCCGUCCGUCCGUCCGGCAUAAGGAGCGUGUGAUCAGCUGUACACUCGCGCGAAAAUAGGAUACGACCGUUUUUGUCGAAGCGCUUCUGACGACGAGUCGUCCCUCUACGGUGGAAACGGCACCGGAACGACGUUCAUUACUCAUCACUGUACUUGCACACGUUCGUAGAACGUAAGAUCGAGGUCGCAUUUAGAAAAUUGGGAGCGCCCUUGAAUACGUACGUAAUAAUCCGCCUCGGCAUCUUUACGACGCGUCUAGGUUAAGGCGUCUUUCGUGAUCGUCGUCGAAUGACAAGUUCGGGAAGAGGCAGGCCGCACGAAUCAUUCUCCAGUUUCACGUGUGAACGUUACACGAUUGCGCGUGUACUCGACGAGAGCCGAUAAACGAUCGUCGCCGGAAGAAACGAGGAGAUUCGCCAUUGCAAGAGGUCGAAUCGAACGCGUUUCGUGGGCGUGCAGGGAGAAUUCCGACAAAAACAAACCGGUCAAUACGACGUCGAACAGAGCUCCAGUGAGAGACAAGUUCGCGGAUCGCUCGGCGGCGGUGAUACACGGUGGAAAAUUCGUGGCCAUACGUCUGUACGCACGCCAAAGAUCGUACAAGAUGUUCUUCAGACUCCAACGAAUCGAGUGAUCUCUGGUGAAACGGACGGCCGAUUUUACGCCGAGCUAAACGUCGAAUUCUGAGAUCGCGAAUGUGCUUAAAAGUUGACACGCAUGAUGUGUUCGAGAUGCGAGAGACCGCAGGUAAAAAGUGCGACACGAUCGAACGAGAGGAAAAAGUACGGCCGACGGGUGCUGACGGAUCACAGGAAUUCUCCGUCGGCAUCGUUUAAAUAGUGGUCGCACGAUUUUUUUGUAUUCGAUUCGAAACCUAACCCCGACGCGAGCGAAACGUACUUAUCGCGGAACGAGAUUCAGGAUUUCACUUUGAUCGACGUAACGAUCGGAUCGAUGCGCAUCGUUCAGUGUUUGGAUCUCGGCGGCAGUUUGUACUUGACGCGUCUUCUUGGAGCGGAUAUAGGAUCGCCGGCGUCGUCGCCCGUUUAUUAACGGCGUGCUGUGAUGAGAAAAAUUAUUCCGUGAGCGUGUAAACAAUCAGUGAAACGAUUCGAAACAGUAGCCGUUUCCAUCGAAAAGCAGUUUUUGUACGGGGGCAGGAUUGUUGCCGUCGGAAGACGCUGUCGUACGUGUCGAAAGGACACUCUCUUCGUACACAGACAGGAUCGGGAAUCGUUGACCACCGUCGUUCCUGAACAACAUUUUUGGAUACCGUAACCGUGUCGCGUGAAGAUUCCUCGAUGGAGAGUUCCGGGGGUGGCGACAAGCGAAACGAAUCAGACGUGUGCGACGUGACUGGUGACAAUCGCGAGGAUACAAAAAUGACGGGUCAAGAGGACAGUGACGUGAGAAUGAGCAAGGACUCGGGUGAACAGGAGGCGCUCAAGAACCUGAAGAACCUAGAGAACAUCGGUCAAAAUGACGAGGCUUCGUAUAAGUUAUCGAAGGGAAAAUCCCGAGACGGCGGCGGCGGCGGCGGCGACGAUGACGACGACGACGACGACGAAGAGGACGAGGACGAGGACGAGGACGAGGACGAGUGUAAAGGCUCCGACGAGGACGAGCUUAAAGAAGAGAAGACCGACGGAAAGAAGGACGAGGAGUCGUCGAGCAGUACGACCUCGACGAGCACCUCCGACGACGAGUCCGAGACCAGUUCGGACGAUAAGACGGAAGCUUCGAAAGCUGAGCAAACGAAACCGGCGGCGGUGCCACCUGCUGCACCACCAGAGACCGCGAAAGAUGAAACGUCGAAGAACGACGACACGACCGACGACAGUGACAUCGAGGACGACUUGAUCUCGGCCAUCAAUUACAAUACCAUCACUUCGCUGGCCGCGCUCAAGGACAUGCUGGACGCCUCGGGGGAGGACUCGGACGGCGUCGACAGUUUCUUUCAUCACUACUUCCUGUCCCACGUGAACAGGCUGCCGUCGAGGAACCAGACGCACAGUCCUUUUCCUUGGGGCAGAAGGUUGUCCGAGUGCAGGGAGGAGGACGAGUACGAGAACGAAGAAGGUAAGACGACGAUAGCGAAAAACACGGAAACGACGAGCGCCAAGGACCUAGGCGAGAGCAAGGACGCCUCGAAGAUCGAGGAGCCGACAACGGAGAAGAACGACGACAGUCUUUCCUCGAAGGCUUCCAGUCCGACCAUUUCGGAGAAGUCCAGCUCGGAGAGGAUCGAUCAGAGAUCGAACGCUACCUCGAGCACGUCCGAGUCAAAGAUCCAGACGACGACCGCACCUUCCACGACCACGAUGACGACCUCGACGAGCACGUCGACGUCCGUGACUACGAACAGCACCGCCGUGACAACGUCGACGACGUCCAGGUUCACCACGUCGACGGUCACUUCGCCGACGUCGACCACGCCGACGUCUACCGCGAAACCUCCGUUGAGGAGGAGAUACACCACCGGAAUGACUUUCCCUGCGACCGACCCGCCGUCCUAUUCGUCCAGCAUGACCUUCUCGAGAACCAGUCCGCUUCCCAGUCCGCAUCUGGACAAGAGAUUUUUCGACAGCAGCCUCGUCGAGAUGAAGAGCCAGGCGAGCAGCACCAGCACCCUCGAUUACGAUUCCACGGAAGAAGUCUGGGUUCGCAGGGUGGACUUUGUGCAGGAAAGGAAGAGAAAGGAACUUGGAUCGCAACCGUUGCCAACGAUCGUGACGGAAGACACUGACACUUCGGGGCAAGCAUCUCACGACCAAGGUCACCGGCCACGAGCAGGUACUUGGGGCUCGCAUUCGAGAACCAUCAGGAAGCCUACUUCGGGGAGCGCACCUGGUUCCGGGAAGUCGACGCCCCUUCCGCAGCAGCCGCAGGAGCCCACGUCGGGAUCGUCGGGUUCGAGCAAAGGCGGCAGGAAGGCCUCGGGUACUCGGUCUGGAUCCACCAGCCGUUCCAACAGCCGUAGCAAUAGCGCGGAACGCAGAAAAAGCGGCGGCAAUAUCGACGACACCGCCAGUCCGACUAGAAAACCAGCGCUCUUCGAUGCGUUCAGACCGAGAAGCAAAUCCGAUGCUAGCAAACGAAAACCCAGUAUCAUAGCCAACAUGAAGAGCGCUGUACAGCAUUCGUUGUACAGAGGCUCGCACGGAAGUUCGACGAGCGAUGUGCGUAGUACCGACAGAGAACAUCACAGAGACAGCAAAGAUCAUAAGGAGUCUAAGGAGAUUAUGGGACGUCCGCGGGCAGGGUCGGAAAGCAGCAGAAAUCCAGUGAGCAAAGUGAUGGACCUUAUUAGGCAUCGAAGUCACAGCGCUCUUAAUGCCGAAGACAAGCGGAAAGCGAAGACUGCUGCGGUUCAGCACCAGGCUCAGCCGAGUUCGUCGGGAGCACUCAGAAGGAGUUCCUUGGAUCCUGGUGCCAGAAGAUUCUCUUUGGGCACACCUGCGGUUCCGCAUAGAGCAUCGGACGCUUGCCUGGAUCCCGUGCACGCCGCGAUCCUCUUCAGGGACGCUAGAGGGCUGCCCGUGGUAGAUCCGUUCCUGGAAAAAGUUUCGCUCUCCGAUCUCGAGGAGGACGAAUCACAGAUCUUCGUCAAGUUCUUCAAGUUCCACAAAUGUUACGACCUAAUACCGACCAGCGCCAAAUUAGUGGUAUUCGAUACGCAUCUCCUCGUGAAGAAGGCCUUCUUUGCUCUCGUUUACAACGGCGUAAGAGCUGCACCGCUAUGGGACAGUGCGAGGCAAGAGUUCGUCGGGAUGCUGACGAUAACGGAUUUUAUAAAGAUUCUACAGAUGUAUUACACCAGCCCGUCCGUCACAAUGGACGAAUUGGAGGAACACGAAUUGGACACGUGGAGAAAGGUCUUGAAGGAUCAGGUUCAUCCGUUGGUGAGCAUCGGUCCGGACGCGUCCCUCUACGACGCGAUCAAAACUUUAAUCCAGAAUAGGAUUCAUCGUUUGCCUGUGAUAGAUCCGGACACUGGAAACGUCCUCUAUAUCUUGACACACAAACGAAUUCUUAGGUUCCUCUUCCUCUAUAUACACGAGCUACCGAAGCCAUCGUUCACCAAUAAAACGCUGAGGGAUCUGAGGAUAGGUACGUUCGACGACAUAGAGACCGCCACGGAGGAAACUAGCAUAAUUUUAGCGCUAAAGAAAUUCGUCGAGAGGAGAGUCUCCGCGUUGCCUAUCAUCGAUGCCGAAGGAAAAUUGGUCAACAUUUAUUCCAAGUUCGACGUUAUUAACUUGGCUGCGGAGAAAACGUAUAACAAUUUAGACGUUUCGCUUCAAGAAGCAAACGAACAUCGUAACGAAUGGUUCGAAGGAGUGCAAAGUUGUAAAUUAGACGAAACCCUGUUUACUAUUAUGGAGAGAAUCGUUAGGGCGGAGGUCCAUAGGCUAGUAGUGGUCGACGACGAUGACAAGGUGACCGGUAUCAUUUCUCUGUCCGACUUACUCUUCUACCUCGUUCUUAAGCCGUGCGGUGAGGAUGGCAGUAGCAAUAAAGAUAGUUCCAUAUCGUUGAGAGCACAGGAUUCUACCGUAUCGAAGACUUCGAACUCUGUGCAGUCAGAGGCUUCUAAUGUAGACAGUGAUUCGACGGCGGCGGCGGCGGCGGCGGCGGCGGCGACGACGACGGAAGUCGAACGAGACCCACUCGACGCCAACACGUCCGAAGACGUACCCGCGACGCCUAGUCCGCCGCUCAGUUCCGCAGCAUCAGAUAUCUCCGAGCCUCGGUCGUCGACGUUAGUGAAUCAGUCUCAAGAGUCCGCGUGGAGGGAGGUGACCGUGACAGGAGGUGAAUGAGCCAAUGUCAUCUUAACGUGCUAUUAGGCAUGAAAUCGAGAACGAAACCGCGACGUCGAGGUCGAACCGUUUGCCAGUGCGCGAUACCGCGAUCAUCGGUGUGUGCGUGUGCGUGUGUGUGUGUGUGUGUACGAGCCAAAGCUCGUUUCUCGUUCGUUCGUUCUCGAUCGAUCGCGCGUUCGCCAUGCUUAAGAAUCUGCGAGAAGCAACACGAGAACGCAGCUCUUUGUUCGUUCGACCGAGUAUCCGCGUCGCAAAAUAUAAUAGCACGUUGAGCGCGGGGAAAAGAAAUCGAUAUCGUUAAAACGAAUUCGAUAGGAACGAUAUAUCCCGAUGGCGGCAUACACGACGUUGUAUACUGUAUGGAAAGAAAUCGAUUAAGCUUAAUUUUUUAUGGUACAAAUACUACUCAGCAUAGACGUUCGAGCUUCUUGGAACGAUUACUACGCGCCAUUAUCUGCUCAGGGUAUGAUCAUUCUCUACGCUCUUUCUUUGAUAUCGCGUACGGACACCGGGAACGUCGAGACAGAAUUUUGUCGUUGUUGUUCUUCUUCUUAUUCUUCUUCAAAGAGACAGUCACUCGAUUUCUGCGUCCUCUACGUUUGUAAUGUUUAUAACGUUGCUACGCUACUUCGUGCAAUGCGAUCCUUCUGGUUCGUUUCGCAUCGAGGACAAUGAACUGACUAUCCUACUUUAUUCACAUCGGAACAUAACAUAGAGCGAACACGUUGGCAAGAGUAAGGUAAUCGUGUUGCGUACAUCGAGUGCUCCAUAACUAAUGUACAUAUGGAUCUCGUUUUUACAGAGGCCUUCCAUGGUAUUUCCUUACAGAAACGAAUACUACUGUUUCUAGACGACGAUGAUCUAUAUCCUGUAUGCUUAUCCGUACGAUGAAAGAAAAACAAAAAAAAAAGCAGCGUCUUAUUCAUAAACUGUCACGUUAGAUGUCCGAGCCGAUUAGGAGACCGGUGUGCAUAAUAAACGAUUUUAUUUUAAACGAUUGCACAGCAUGUGAUAUUUUACAAAAAGAAAAAACAGAGGAGAAAAAUAUAAAGAUAGAUAGAUAUAUAUAUAUGUAUAUGUGUAAGGUGCUUUUGAUUUUUGCAUUGAUAAACGGCUGACCACCGAUGCUCUACUACCUGUCAGACGGACGAUAGCGCGGAUGCGAUGACCGACGAAAAACGAUUCUGUCUAUGCGAAUGAAAUCGAAGUGUGUCAGUCGGAGGAAAGCAAUAUCUAAAAGACUCGAUCGCGAACUACGCACGCGGUUCGCCGUUCAAGUUCUACGUUAUCGUUUUAUGCAUCUUUUUUAAGCCGUAACCUUUGCGAGCACAUAUGCUGCUAACAAAACGUAUCGAGAGGCCUACCCGAAAACGUGAAAACAAUUUUACGCAAUUAGUAUACGCUGCCACGAGUGUUUCGAUGUUUUACGCUUGUAAAGGUAUUCGCAGCACGUGUACGUCGUUCGCGUCAGCGACAGGACGAUGUGAUCGCGAACACCGCGAUUAUUUUAGGUUUGUGUGCAUAUCACAAUAUUAUUUAACAGCCCCUCCUUCAGAUACACCGCUACGUUUGUAUUUCUUCUUUACGACGAGUUUUUAUAAAUCGACUAUUUCCCUUUUCAGAAUUUUCACACGGGAGUACACGUGAACGUAUCAAAAUUCUUAAGCGACACUCGACCAAAGUUCCGCGUAUCGCGUAGCUGAACGAGAAAGUAAGAAGCGCGACGAACAAAUAAUUUUUCUAUCGUUCCCGCGUAACUCACUACUUUUCACGUAAUCGAUGGAUCAGUCGAGGGGAGAAGAAAGGUCAGAAGGGCAAGUCGCGAAGAGUAAUCGAAGAUAUUCAUCUCUGAUCUUAUAUUUUUCGUAUCAUUUAUACGAUAAAAAUUUGAAACUCGGUGGCAGAGGGGUGUCGUGAAAAACGUGAACCAUUCAAAACGUUGUAUCGAACGAUUUAAAGAACGGGAGCAUGGAGAAGGAAGGCAUUCCCGUACGAUCAGGUCGAUGAAAAUGAAAAGUGAGAAGAGAGAAAAAUACAAGAGAUGCUCGCUUCUCCUCGGAACAAGUUCCGUGUCGUACGUGCUCAGUGGGCGAAACGAGAAUAUGGGGAAACGAGACGGGGGAGUGUGUGUGUGUGAGAGAGAGAGAGAGAGAGAGAGAGAGAGAGAGAGAGGCGUUUGCUGCGUGUAAUACCUAUAUAUGGAAAUUUGUACAUAAAAUAGCUUCCGUGCGCAGGAACGUGGUUUCCUGUUUCGCGUAGGAGCACGUUUUGCCUGUAUUUAAAAAGAAAAACCACACCUAUUCGAA